AUCCUCAUGGCUUAAAUCACGGCUGGCGCUGGUUGGCACAAAUCUUAAAUAUGGAGCCCCUGUCAGAUGUGACAGCCACCCUCCUCUUUGACUUCUUGGAGGUGUGUGGAAAUGCCCUCAUGAAGCAGUACCAGGUACAGUUCUGGAAGAUGAUCCUUCUCAUCAAAGAAGACUACUUCCCCAGGAUUGAAGCCAUCACAAGCUCAGGACAGAUGGGUUCCUUCAUACGCCUCAAGCAGUUCUUAGAGAAAUGUUUGCAGCGCAAGGAGAUUCCUGUCCCCAAGGGCUUUCUGACUUCCUCCUUCUGGCGUUCCUGAUGGCCCUCCGUCACCCACUGUCACCGUUUUGUUGCAAAGGGACAAUAAUAAAGCAACUGAAAACAGCUGUAUUUGGGAGAAGUCAUGUCAGAUUUAGAAAUCCACCAAUAUAUUUGUACCUUGCGACUAGGAGAGGAGACUUUUCAGGGGUCCCAGAACCUAGCGGGUCUCUUCAAAGGCUGGAGGCUCCUUAAGGGGUCCACAUGGCAGCGUAAAUGGCAUUGGCUUUUCUCAUUUCUGAAGUAUGGUGAGAAGAGUGGUUUAGUACUUGGUCUCAUCAUUCAUUUCCCUUGUGUCUGGUGUCUUUCAGAAAGUACGUAGUACCUUAACCAUUUAACUCUGAGCUGAAAUGAGCCCACCACUUGCCCAACUCCAUCCUCUCCCACUGCCCUCCGACCCCCACCAAGUCAUGCUGUCCUCGUUCAGGGUACAGGCCCAAAUCCUUACAUGCAAGUCUGGGUUAUCGUUGUUUUGCCUUUCUCGGCUUGUGAAGUCAUUAUAAAUUCAGAGGAAAUGCCUGAUAUAGACAUAGAUUAAGUCCCAAAUUGUAUCAGAGAUAGUUUAGCAUCUGGGACUAGGACUGUUAAUACAUGUUAUGUUGAACAGGGUGCACUGUUGGUCCUUUUAAUUUGGAAUUUGGCCCCUGGAAGACUAGGGAUGCAUGAACCAGGGAUGGUGGGGGAGGGGGGAGCUUGUUUUUGAAUUUGGUUGAAGACGGGCUGAGAUGGCCUUGCAACAUUAUGCAUGAGCCAAGCAUCUACAAGCAAUGACUCAGGGGUUAAAUAAAAUAAAGGUGUUUGGGAAGAAUUGGGAACUGCUUUAGAAUUGUUGACAUGUCCUGAGUAAAGAGUGAUGAUAGAUUCGCCUGACUAAAGCUACUACAGAAAUUCAGAGCUUGGCUGUUCAGGUAAGAAUUGAGGUUUGUUUUAGGGAAGACUCCUCGUCUUUUGUACUACAGGCAGCCGUGGAUCUCCUCUGUACUGUGUGUCGUCUGCGGGGAUGUGUUUUGGGGGGCGGGGUAUCCCCUGCUACUCUUGAGCAGCUUGAAGUGAUACCUUCUAUGAAUCGUUGACUCUGGUGCCAAAAAACAAGGAAUAAAGCUUGAUUUUUAAAAACCCA